GGCAAGAUCGCCACCAUAACAGACAACAGGCUGGUUGGGAAGAAGUGGCAUCAAUCUUAGCAGGCAUUAUAUGGGCCACCAAGGAGACUAUGACAGUGGAACAGCAGAGCUGAAGGCUGAACUUCCCACGAUUCUCACUAAGUAUAUUGACAGCUUCAAGAAGCGGUUUGCAGAACAAGAGUUUAGUGCCUUGAAGAAGAGGACUGUGACAAAGCAUGGCCGGUUUCUAAAGUGCGCAUGCAUUGUUGCGAUUCUACAGAGCAGCAAUUCGCAUGCCAACCUUGUGAAAUCGGAAGGAGCAGAGACUGGAAAUGAAGCGACCGACUGUGCGAGGACUGAGGAGCGGGUCUCUGACGACAUUGUCAAUGCAGUGAAGUUGGUGGUGGGGACUCUUGAUGUCAGCAUAAGGCAGCUCACCCCCGGCGAGAGGAUCCCAGGGUCUGCUGAUGUUCAUAGGGGAGGGGACCUGAGGGGAGGCACAGGGAUUGGUCCUGUUGGCAUGGUCCCUGAUGCUAACGGCUGUCCCCUAGCUGGGCUGAAAGAACUAUAUGUCCACGUUAAUGCGUCCAAUAAGGCGGCAAGGAAUCUAUACAUGAAGAUUGGCUUUCAGGUUGCAGGAGAGUCAAGAGUCCAGACAGGGAAGCAGUCAGCAAAUGUUCCAAUGGAGAAGAUUAUUCUCAUGAAGAUGCAUCUGUGAACGUGCCCUCUUCCUCUUGCCCACUAAUACAGAAAUGGUGGAGGGCAUCCUAGUCCAAUCAGGCUCCCCUCCCUUGGCCCCUCUCCCAUUUCUUCCCAUUUCUUCCCAUGGGUGUUUCUAUUUGUGGGCCUCCCCUCCCCUCUCCUCCCCUCCUUUUUGGUCAGGCUCCCCUCCUUUUUGGUGGAGGGCCUCCUAGUGCUAUCAGGCUCCCCUUCCUUUUGGUCCAUCAAUCCUUUCAUUUCUUUCCCAAUUCUCCUUCCACUAUCACUAUUUGCACGUGGUCCUCAAUUCGUGUCGGUUGAUCCCUUCAUGUAGUAUGUAGUAUCUUGUGCAUAUAUCUUGAUCCAUCUCAUUCCCCAUACGCACUUUAGAAGUUCAAAUCUCCGUCCGCAUUUGCACCUAAGGUGAGUCUACAUUCUUCUGUUCCCUGGAAAUCACUACAAUCUCUCAGUCCUCCAUCUGCGUAUACACUACUAUACACUUCGGUGUCUGUAAAUCAUUACAAUUACGUAAUCCUUCUCUCUUUCUCCUUCUCCACUUUUAUGCCUCAGUAUUUGUGUGCGCAUCUCAACUUCAACGUUAGGACUCGGUUUGUGCAUCCAUGCUCUGUGUGUGUGUGUGUGUGUGUGUGUGUGUGUGUGUGUGUGUGUGUGUGCCCGUCUCAUUUAUUCUCCUUGAAAUACUUGUGUGUUAUAUACACUGUUUGGUAUUUGUGUAUUCAGCUGUAUUCAGAUAAAAAGGAGCUGUAUAUAUACAAAGGGACUGUACAUACCACUGUAUAUAAUUUAUAAUUGACUACUAAUAUUCAGUUUGCUCGUCUCGUUAUCCUGCCAUGCGGACAAAUGAGUUUUCCCCGGUUACUUCUGUUUCACUUUUGUUUUUGUUUUCAAAUUUCUCACUCCUUUACCUCCUUUUAGGUUUACUUCCAUUUAUGCUUGUCCUUUAGUUCCAUUUAGUUCCAUUGUUCCAUUUAGUUCCAUUUCGUUCUAGUGCGUCGGCUCGCUUUUUGUCUAUAGUUCAGUUCAUGGUAACCGCGGACCCGGACACCGGACACUCCCGGACUGUCUUCCGGACCAGUGUUUGGACCGGUCCGGACUGUCCGGUGAUCCGGACAUCACCGGACACCCGGACAAUCCGGACUGGUGUCAGGGGGUGCAAAAUGUGUGUGUGUGUGUGGGGAGGGGAACGGGGAGGGGAUAGGUGUGAAGGGGGGCUGUUGGCAAGCACUACCUGCUUUGCGCUUCGUAGUUCACGCAGCAGAGCACCUGUCUUGCAGCAAAUCAACAUGCAGCACAUUC